GGCCACAGUAAGCCUAUCAUCUGGAUUUCACCCGCAGUCCAAUGGCCAGUCAGAGCGAGCAAACCAGGAACUGGAGAAGGCACUCCGUUGCACGGCUUCUUCUAACCCCCGGGCCUGGGCAAAACAACUGACUUGGGUGGAGUAUGCCCACAACUCCCUUACCUGUUCUGCCACUGGUAUGUCCCCCUUUCAGUGUGUUUACGGCUACCAACCACCACUCUUCCCCAGCCAGGAGGGAGAGGUCACCUGCCCCUCAGCCCACGCCUAUGCCCGGCAAUGCCGCCGCACUUGGGCUCGAGCCCGUGCGGCACUCCUCAGAUCUGUCGACAGCUACUCUAUCGGGGCCAAUCGUCGGAGGACUCCGGCGCCGACCUACCAUGUGGGCCAGAAGGUGUGGCUUUCUGCCAAGGACCUGCCACUCAAAGUUGAGUCGCGAAAGCUAGCUCCGAGGUUUAUUGGCCCAUUCCCCAUCCAGAAGAUCAUCAGCGCAACUGCUGUCCGGCUACAACUACCCAGGUCCAUGAGAGUGCACCCUACCUUUCAUGUCUCGAAAAUAAAGCCAGUUCACAACAGCCCGCUGCAACCGGCUGCGCCGCCUCCUCCUCCUCCUCCACGUCUCAUUGACGGAGGCCUUGUCUUUUCUGUCCGAAGACUGCUCCGGUCCAGACGACGGGGAAGAGGAAUCCAGUACCUGGUGGAUUGGGAAGGUUAUGGUCCGGAAGAAAGGUCCUGGGUGCCUGCCAGACAAAUCGUGGAUCGGACACUCAUCACUGAUUUCCAUCGCCAGCAUCCUGACCAGCCCUCCGUCCAGCGUGGCCGCCCCAGGGGGUCCCGACCUGUAGCCCGCCCGAUGCCUGAGCCUGGACCAGUCCCGGCGCGUGUCCUGGAUUCUGAUGUGCUUUCGGAUGGUGAGGCGGUGGGGCCACUGGAUGGUGCGGAUUUGCCGGUUACCCCUGAGGACGAAGCAAUGGAGUCCGAUCGCUCUGAGGAAUUCUGACCCUCCGCCGGCUCCCCCUCCUCCCGCCCGGUUUGGUGGUGCUGCUUGGGGACUUCUGGGGCCGUCCCUUGAGGGGGGGGUUCUGUCAUGAUAUCUCCUGGCCUCUGUCUACAAGCUAAUCACUUUCAAUUAUCCCUCACUCUCCACUCUGCUCUGCCUAAUUGCUCCACCUGUUCUCACUCUCUCACCUCAUUGGCCAUCCAGCUGCACUGCAUUCCCUCUACUCAUUAACCUCUGUAUUUAAAGCUCUGGUUUUCAGUUCUCCUUUGUCAGACCGUCUGUAAACUUCACUCCUGUGACUCCUGUUUCCUGGCUACAAAUCUGACUCCUGUGAUCGAACCCGGACCCGAUUGCAAACCUGCUUGAUCUCCUGCCCCUGACAACCCGACCUGCCUUCCGCUCUGCAAACCUGCCUGAUCUUGAUCCCCGGACUCCCGGACCCUCUACCACCAUCGGAUGCUUCUCUGCUGCUGGGGGACACACACACACAGGUUCCCAAGACUCGCUCUCCCAACUCCCUUUCCCCAAAGAUCAAUAAACUUUCAAAUCGUGACGCAUUUGUGGUCCUCUUCUGUCUGGUCC